AUGUUGAUGCGAUUUUGUAUUGUUAUUUUAAAUAUAUUUUUUAUUAAUUGUAACAAUGACACUGAAAAUGAUAGCCGUGAGUUAACAGUUAAUGAUAUAGCGUCAACGUUAGUGUCUCUACUGGGGGUAGAUGAAGAAAGCAAGAGGAUCAAAGAUCUGAACGAGAAAUUAAAGAAAAUAGACAGUUUUGUGGUCGACAGAGACAAAUACGCUGAAUUGUUGCUAAAUGAAACGAUGACCACCAAUUUGAAUGAAACAAAUUUCUUCAAUGCUUUAAAUGAAUCUGACCACUUUAGAUUCCUCAUUGAAAAGGAACCUAAAAAUUUAUAUUUGAAAUUAAAAGAGAAAAUGAAUCGAGAUGAUAUACUGAGGAUCGUUUCAAAAGCUAAACUAAAAUCUUCGAAAUCUGGAAGAAAAAUGAUGGUCCAUAUAAAUCCAGAUUACAACGACAGAGAUGAAAUAAUUGAAGAGGUAGUGGAUGAGAUGAUCGCAAAAAUGCCUACGGACAAACACAAGUUUCAAUUUAGAAAAGAUGAUAAUAUAUAUUGGGAUCCUCAAGGAGAGUUGGAAGAUUUAAACGAUUACCAUAAACACAACGGGAGACGAAUAUAUAAGGGAGAGAGAACUACAAUAAGAUAUUAUCCAUUUAUGGUCUCCGUCCAUGUGAUGGGAAGAUUUUGGUGUGGAGGGAGCAUUUAUUGGCACGACUUGGUUUUAACUUCGGCCGCUUGCUUACAACUAAUGCACAAUAAUCGUUUCUUCCGUGAAAACCCGGGAGUUCUAAAAAUACGAGUGGGCAGCAACCAUAGUCGAAUCGGAGGAGAAAAUGUAGAAGCUCUUGAAGUAUAUUUCCAUCCGGGAUACAACCCAAGAACUCUUCGUCAUAAUAUUGCGAUAAUUCGUCUUCGUCGUCAUCUGUUCUUCAGUUAUCAUCGUAUACCUAAACUUAUUGAUAUCUCACACACAGAAAUAGGAAUCUCUCCGACUUCCGAGGUUCUCGUUUUAGGAUGGGGAGUGACAAAGCAUGACGCAGGAGGUCCAGCAAUCAUUGCUGGUAAACUAGUCGGUAUUAUAUCGUUCGGCCCCUCCGUUUGUGGAUACCCUAACGCACCGACUGUGUUUACACUUGUCGGUGCAUAUGCUGACUGGAUUGAAAGCGUUAACGAAUCUAUGCCUGGAUACUACAGGGGCAAGAAACGUACUACUACUUUAAAACCCAUAACAUUCCCAGAAUAUAAGAUAAAGAAACUGUAUAAAGAUAUAGCUGAACUUAGCACUGAUAAAGCUGUUACCGCGACGACAGAGUCCAAGAUACAGAUUCUUAGAGAGAGAAAAAAAUUGUUAAACGAGGAUUCUGAUUAUGGAUUUAGUAUUAUAAAGGAAUAA